UAAAGCACAAAAAGCUCUUCAACCUCUUUUAUCAACCUAUGAAAAGCCAUAUCCAACAAAAAAGCCAUAUCCAACAUGACUCCCACCAAAAUGACGACAUAUCUAAUAAUAGAGCAGCAAGAUCUUGACCAAAGUCUUAGAUUUAAAAUAUAAAAACAGUAGAGUUUUAGGAAUUAAUCUAGCUUGGUAAUGGUAAAAGGACUUUUCUGGUGAAGGUAAAAGAUAAAAAGAAAAUAUUUCAUAGUUCCAAGGUAACUGACAGACAUGUAGAAUAUUGCACUUAAAAUCUCGAAUAUUGCCACGUGUAACGCAUGGAUUACCUAUACGAGGCAGAGGAUUGUUCAGCUACUAGGAGCAAAUCCAAAUCCAAAUCCAAUUGAGAGGCUUCCCUCCAUAGAUACUUUGAACCGCCCAUGGAAGCAAAACCUUGCGCAGCCCAGCCAUGGGCUUCUCCUCUUCCUCCCUAGAGAAAUGGCCGCUUAUCGUAGCCUCUUCAGAUCUCUCCUCCCUUCUCUCCUCCAUUCCAAACCUAACUAUUCUCUCCUCUCUCCCAAAUCAUUCUUCUCCACGCUCCCACAAAACCCAGCCUUAAACCCCGCACCCCACCACCCCACCACCCAAACCCACACCAAAUUUCUUCGCCUCUUGCGCCGCUGCGACUCGAUAGAAUUCCUCAGUAAACUUCACGCACUUCUCGUCAUUAGUGGGUUUAUAGAAGACUACCUUUUUGUUGGUGAAAUCAUCGAUAAAUACCUCGUCUUCAAUAGUCCCAAAUUCGCGAUCUCUCUUUUCGAUACCACACGCAAGCCAAACUUAUCCCUGCAAAAUCACACAAUUAGAUGCUUUUCAAAUCAUGGAUUCUACGCCGAACUGUUGUGUUUGUACGCUCGGUUGCAGAAUUCAUGCUACCGCUGCUCCGAUAAUUAUACAUUUCCCUUUGUGAUCAAGGCCUGCGCCACUGUUUCCAGUCUUCGAUCAGGGAAGGAGGUUCACUGCGUGGUUCUUAGAACUGGAUAUGGCGGCAAUUUAGUGGUGAAGACCGCUCUUCUUGAUUUGUAUGCUAAGAUGGGGCAUAUGGAAUUGUCGAAAAGGGUUUUUGAUGAUAUGUCUGAGAGAGAUGUGGUUUCUUGGAACGCUUUGAUUUCAGGAUAUUGUUCGAAUGGGUCUGGCCAAGAUGCUUUUGAGGCUCUCCGGCUGAUGCAGGCGAACGGUUUCAUGCCUAAUUCAAGCACCUUUGUUAGUGUCAUCCCCGCGUGCACAAGUUUAGGAGCGUUGAUGUGGGGAAAGUUGCUGCACGGCUUUGCACUGAAAUGCGGGGCUUUCGGUGAUGAGGCUCUCGUGCCUACUCUAAUCUCGAUGUAUGCUGGAUUUGAUGAUCUAUAUGCUGCUAGAAUGCUGUUUGAAACGUCAUCUAUCAAGGAUUUAGUUGUUUGGAAUGCUAUGGUUUCAGCAUAUGGACAGAAUGGGAAAUGGGAUGAAGCCUUUCAAGUUUUUCAGCUCAUGCACCGCACGGAUGCAAGCCCUAAUCUAGUCACGCUGGUGUCUGUUCUUCCCUCUUGCAGUAAUCUCUUUAGCAUUCAUCAUGGUGAGUCUAUUCAUGCUGUUGGAAUCAAACUCGGACUUGCAGAUCAGAUCUCUGUUGUGGCUGCUCUUGUGUCGAUGUACUCUAGGCUUGGAGAUUUAGAUUCAGCUAGAUAUAUUUUUAAUGCAGCACCUGAGAACAGCCUUCUCCUGUGGAAUUCUAUGAUCUCUGGCUAUCUUCAGAAUGGGGAAUGGAGCAUGGCUCUCGAUACAUUUCGUGAUAUGCAACUUAGAGGUAUUGCUCCAGAUGCAAUUUCUGUGGUUAGUGUCAUUUCUGGAUGCACUUUAGCUAGAGAAUUGCACUCUGGUAGGUCUGCCCAUGCAUACAGUAUUAGAAAUGGAUUUGGCUUGAACACAAAUGUGACAAAUGCACUCUUGGCUCUGUACGCUGAUUGUGGUCAGUUCUCUGUUAAUCUCAAGUUGUUCGACAAGAUGCAAGUGCGAAAUGUGGUUUCUUGGAAUACUUUAAUAUCUGGGUGGGCUAAGCUCAGAAAUAUAGAAGCUUCAAUAUCCUCCUUUUGCAAGAUGCGCCAAGAAGGUGUACAAUUCGAUGUGGUUACGUUAAUCAGCAUUCUUACUUGCCUUUAUCUGGUUGAAGACCUUGCACGCGGAAAGUCCAUCCAUGUUUUGGUGAUCAAAACUGGGUGUGAUGAAGAUAUAACUCUUACAAAUGCUCUUAUAAGUAUGUAUACAAGCUGUGGUGAUAUUGAUGCUGGUCACCAACUUUUCAACAGGUUGUCCUUCAAAAGCAUCGUCUCUUGGAAUGCUUUGAUGACAGGAUAUCGUAAGCAAAGCUUAUUCUGGGAGGUCAUGGUCCUUUUUGAUGAAAUGAAGAUAAAUGGUCAGAAGCCAAAUUCUGUUACCUUGCUCAAUAUAUUACCCUCUUGCGAGAGCAAGUUACAGGGCAAGUCUCUGCAUGCAUAUGCCCUUAGAAAUUUUUCUGUGUUGGAGCCAGCUCUUCUUACAUCAACAAUGUGCAUGUAUGCUCGAUUUGAUAAUGUAAACUAUUGUAAGAUACUAUUUGAGAUGGUAGACAAAGGAAAUGUGGUUGCAUGGAAUGCUCUGAUGUCUGUCUACAUUCAAAGCAAACACGUAGAAGAAGCAGUAAAUUCUUUCCAGGAAAUGCUUCGAACAGAAAUAGAGCCUGACUCCGUGACAAUGCUAACAUUGAUCUCAGCUUGCGCGCAGUUAGAAAGUCUCGAUUUAGCACAAUGUGUGAUGGGUCUCACUAUUCACAAGGGCUUUGAGAAGAACACAUCUGUGAGCAACUCUCUUAUAGACAUGUUUGGCAGGUGUGGGAGCAUAUCAACAGCAAGAGAGCUGUUUGAUGGAUUGAAAGAAAAGGAUCCGAUCACUUGGAGUGUGAUGAUAAAUGGAUAUGGAAUGCAUGGGGAUGGUGCAGCCGCCCUUGGUCUCUUCUCAGAGAUGAAAGAAGCUGGGGUGGAGCCAGAUGAUAUAACUUUUAUUAGUAUUUUGUCAGCUUGCAGUCAUGCUGGUUUAGUCGAGCAAGGCCGGAUGUUGUUCAAAUCGAUGUCGGAGGAGCAUGGUGUAGCACCGAGGAUGGAGCAUUAUGGCUGCAUGGUGGAUCUUUUUGGCCGCACAGGACACUUGGUUGAGGCAUAUGAUCUUGUUAAAAAUCUGCCUUUUAAGCCUUCUGCUAGCUUGCUGGAGUCUAUGCUGGGAGCCUGUCGAUGUCAUGGCAAUGCUGAAAUUGGAGAAGCUAUUGGGAAGUUGCUCAUUGAGUUCAGCCCCCAUAGUCCAAGUUCAUAUGUUAUGCUGUCCAACAUCUAUGCAGCAGCUGGAAGAUGGGCUGAUUAUGGUAGAUUAAGGUGGGAAAUGGAAAUGAGGGGAUUGAGAAAAGAUCCUGGAAUUAGCCUAAUUGAGGUAAAAUAGCAGCCUAAUUAUUCUCCCUACUUCAAAUGAUCAAGCUACUCUUGUCUCUCCAUACCUCCUUUUUUUUUUUUUUUUUUUUUUUUUUUUUUUUUUUUUUUUUUUUUUUUUUUUUUUUUUUUUUUUUUUGUUGUACAUUGACUGCUCACACUAAUCUCACGUGAGCACUGCCAUUUGAGUCGAGAAAAAGGAUACGACAAGAGGUGGAGGAACAGAUAUAAAACGGGUUCAGAGGAUCUCUUCGGAAUGGUGAGCAACAAAGGAGGUGAUCCAAUUGGCAGUUCUAUUCGCUUCCCGGUAUACAUGCACCAUGUGAAAGUCACUACACUCCCUCACCACACUCUCCGUCCUUCAUGGUAGCAAAUGUAAGCCGGAAAGAAAUAUUAGUUAUUUAUUGAUUCUUUGACACCUUAGAGAUUUGGAAUUUCAAUAAGAAAUCUGUUAGUUAAAGAUUAUGUUGUACCAUGCUCUUGCUGCAUUCUUUAUGAGUCCUGUGUAAAUUCUUAUUAAAUGGAAGUUUUUGUUAAGCUUUAACUACAAUUUGUGAACUUUUCUGCUAGUGAAAUAUUUGUUUACUUUAAAAGCUAAACAUUAAUCCUGUGCAUGUGAAGUUUUUACUCAGUCGGAGAUUCUAUUAUUAAAAUGGGAAAAUGUAUAUUUCUCCCCUUU